UUGUACCGGAUAUUGUCUGCGACACGAAGAGCAAAACGAGAUAUACUGCUAAAUAAGUAGUUUUCUCUCUACGUUAGAUUGACAAUCUUACUUUCUUAUAGCAUUUUGAUGGUGGACAUAGGAAUGUCUGACUUUAAGAGCUGGCUCUGGGAUAAAGCUGGUAUUCUUAGGAAAUGGACGGCAAAUAUUUAACAAAUGUUGCACAGAAUUCGUUAGGAAUAUGAUGUCUUAUGGAAAUGGUCUAUGGAAGUUUUUCUUUUGGAUUAUUAUAUUAAUUUAUAACUUCGACAAGGUGACCUACAUUUAAUACUUAAUGUAUUAUUAUAACUUUAAAGACGUUUCUGGCACCAAUUUGUUGAGCAAAGUAUACAAAAGUACGGAAAUAUUGCAAUAAGCAAUCCAACAUUUUCAAGACAAAAAAAAACUAUUCUAUCAGAUAAAAACUUUACUGACAUAAUGAAACUAUUACUUUAUCUGUACGCUUUGUCGAUGACAUGUAAAAUGUAUGACAUGAUAACUAAAACGAACGUUUCGUGGACAACAGAUUCUUAUGUUGCACGUCAAACUCAAGAAAAACAGUGUGAUUUUGCAAAUGGAACUGGCAGCUAUGCGUUAGGACUAGAAAGAAAUACAUCGGGUCAUGGUAAUAACAUAUAUAACAAUGAUUUCUUAGUAGUUAAUGUAUCAAACUGUGGAUUUGAGACAGUGAAAAAACAUAUCUGUAUUUUAUGCUCCUUACCAAGAAAGGUGUCUAUAGACAUGUCUUGGAACAAUAUCUCGAUACUGGAUGAAAUACAAUGUAACUGUCCUGCCAUAAAGGAAAUAGACUUCUCAAAUAAUGAGCUAACAGUGCUAAGAGCCAGUGCAUUUGUUUUCGUCCAAUACGUGAUACGAAUUAACAUGACCGGAAAUCAUAUUCAUCAAAUACAAGAACGUGUUUUCAAUAACCUGAAAAUGCUAGAAGUGCUUGAUUUAUCAAAUAACAAUCUCAAGAGGAUAUACCUAGAUACUUUUGAUAACCUAAGAAAUCUACGUAUAUUGAAUCUAUCAACAAACAAAAUACAAAGCAUACUGCCCGGGACAUUGUCACCGCUAAGGAACUUAGAAGAGUUGGACUUGUCAAAUAACGCUAUUCAUUCGCUAGACAGUGGACAUUUUAAUGGUCUUGAAAAUCUACGAAUUUUAAAUCUCGCUUUUAAUAAGCUGACAAAUGCAAAAUUAAACUUUUUGUUUCCCUGUGUCAAUUUAUCUUUAUUAGACUUGAGCGGAAACAAUUUUGUCAGUUUUGAAGAAGGGUCUCUAAAUGUCUUUCACAUACACAAACUGUUUUUGAAUAAUUUAUCACGUUUAAGAUAUAUAAUGAAUGGCGCUUUUCGCAACGGCGAUCGCCUUACAAAAGUUGACCUGAGCAGAAACAAAAAACUAUUUUUUAUCGAAGAAUAUGCCUUUCAAAAUAUGCAAGACUAUAUCACAUAUGACAUUAGCUUCACCUUGUUAAAAUCAUUUCCAAAGGUACCAAAUAAUACGAAAAUUAAAGCAACGGAGACUCCUCUGAGAUGUGAAUGUACCUCUGUAGCAGAUAUAUGUUCUCGUAAUGAUUCGUCGAAAGAUGAAAGACAGACUACAAAAGUAUGUGAGCCGAGCAUUGUUUCACAGAUAACGGACAACUAUUUUGUAUACGUUGGCCAACGUCUCGAAAUAGAUUGCUUUGCAAUUGGACUGCCUAAACCACUUGUGACAUGGGAAAGAAUAUAUUCUUAUCCGAAUGGAACGUUAGGUAGUACAGAGCAAUUAGCCGCAAGUUAUUUCCUAAAUCUAUACAUAUUAUCGUUAAAUUUCGAAGGAAAAUACCGAUGUGUUGCAAUGUCAAACAGUAUAAUAGUCCAUAAGAAUUUUAAUAUACAUGUAAAACAAAUAGAUAUAGGUAUAAAAGUGCUGUCACGUAGCUCUCACUCAAUACUUGUUGCUUGGAACAAGACACAACAUGCUCAACGUCACGUGCUUUUAUAUCGUGCAUUUGAAACAACUUCUGAUUAUAUUAUUGAGAAUUUGAAUGAAUACUGGAAAGUGUUUAUAGUAAGGUAUUUGCAACCAUUCACAGAAUAUGAAAUAUGUAUAGCCUCAUUUUCAGACUUAAAUGAUAAAUCGUGUGUUAGAGCGAUGACUUUAAUUUUACAAAAGAAAUCAGGAGGAAUUCGUCACAAUAACCUCGCAAUAACAUUUCUUGUUAUAUCUGGAGUCGUUUUUGGUGUUUUCAUUUUGGCAACAAUGUAUAGGUGUCUACAAAAAAUCCGAAUUAUUUCAAAACAAAAUAUUUUCAUUGUUGCUUCGGAAUCACGUGAAUGUUUUGCUGACGUAACGGAAUCUACAUUUACGUAUGAAAAUCACAAUACAGAACGUUUGGUUGAUACAGAGUAAGAGCAAAUAAAACAGGUUUCACUAAUAGAUAUGUAAGUCCUAUUUGUAUUUUAUAUUAAACGAAGAGGAAUGAAAUUAUUUGUUAUUGGGCAUCAGAUCACAGUUUGUUUG